GAUCUAGUCGUGGUUUGUUUAUAUUUAUUGAAAAGUCAAAUAGUCAUAUGUAUUUACUCUUAAGAAUAACCAAAAUAUUUAAAAGUUCUAACUUUUUUAAGUACAGAACAUUCUUUGAAAAUAAAUCAAAUCCAACUUACAAGUCAAAUAAAAUGAAUGGCGCUAAACAAAAAACAAAAUAUUCCCCCGGGACCGUGACAUUACAAGUGUUAGGUUGUGGAGCUCAUGGAGCACCUUCUUCUGUCUAUCUAUUUACAGAUCAGUCUAGGUAUUUAUUUAAUUGCGGUGAAGGCACUCAACGGUUAGCUCAUGAGCACAAAACAAAGUUGUCUAGGUUGCAACAUAUAUUUUUUACCGGCAAAUGCUGGAGCAAGUUAGGUGGCCUGCCUGGAUUGGCGUUGACAGCUCAAGAUGCGGGUGUCAAUCAGCUUACAUUGCAUGGACCAACUGAAUUGAAUACUUUAUUUCAAGCCAUGAAUCGUUUUGUCGUUUUAAAGAAAAUACAAAUUGAAACAAGAAGUUUUUCGUCCGACGAUGUGUUUGAAGACGAAGUUAUGACUGUUAAUGCUAUUCCUUUAUAUGGGUACAAGGAUAACAAAGAAGAAAGCAGUCAAAAAAGUCCCACUAUUUCUUACGUUUGCAAAUUAAAGCCGAAACCUGGAGCAUUGGAUUUAAAAAAAUGUGUUGAAAAAGGUGUGCCACCAGGCCCUUUACUCGGUUUAUUGAAAAAUGGAAAGGACGUUGUAUUAGAUGAUGGCACUGUUGUAAAAUCUGAAGAUGUUAGCGAACCAACUACGGGAGACCAAAUAAUUAUUUUUGCUGAUAUCCCAAAUGAAGACUGUUUGAGUUCUUUAAAUAAUCAAUUUGAAAACUUCAAAAAUGCUUCGGUUGUUAUUCAUUUUGCACCAGAUGAUAUAGCUUCAACCACGAAGUAUCAAAAUUUUAUAAAUGAUUUCGAUGGCGAAACAACACAUAUAUUUUUGAAUUCUUCGAACCAAUUUUCAGGACAUUUUGCUGCGCAUAGAUUUCAGAUUCAGUUAAACCAAUUGCACAAACGAAUAUUUCCACUUCUUGGAGAAGUUCCAAAUUUAAACAAUGGCCCCGAAGAGUACAAACGCACUAGACUUAUUAGCGAGUGUAAAAAUGGUGAAACUAUGGAUAGUUCAAUAGAUUCUCGAAUAAUUGCAGACGCUGGAUCUUUGACCUGCUUUCGACUUCGUCCAAAUAAGGGAUUAGACAGGUCUAUGGAACUUAAAUAUACCCCCGAAGAAUAUUUAAAAGAAACGCAUGCACUAGAAGGCUUCACAGAAGCACUUGAAUCAUUUAAAUCAACUCUUAAAAACGAAGAAACUCAAAAAUCUCCAGAAGACGAAGUAUUCCCAAAAAUUACAUUCCUAGGAACAGGAUCUUGCAUUCCAAACAAAACUCGAAAUGUAAGUGCUAUUUUAAUGCAACCAAAGGUUGAUACGUAUGUUUUAUUGGAUUGUGGGGAGGGAACGCUUGGCCAAAUAAUUCGGUUUUAUGGACCCUCACGAUGGCGAGAUGUUGUAAAAAAUUUAAGAGCAAUUUAUAUAUCUCAUUUACAUGCAGAUCAUCAUAUAGGCUUGAUAGGAAUGCUUAAAGAACGGAGUAAAUUUCUUGGGAAUGAAGCAAAACCCAUCCAUUUGUUUGCUCCUCUACAGAUUAAACCAUGGCUUAACUAUUACCAUGAUGUCAUUGAACCAAUAAAACAUUGUUACACUUUGAUACCAAACGGCGACAUGGUUGAUGUUCCUUUGCAAACUACUGAUUUAAAAAAUAUGGGCAUUCAAUCCAUGUCAACGUGUUUGGUAAAACAUUGCCAACAUUCGUUUGGAGUCUCAGUGCUACUAGAUUCAAAAGAUGAAUUUUCAGAACCUAUGAAAAUCACAUACAGUGGAGAUACUAUGCCCUGCGAAGAUUUAAUUGAGCUAGGUGCCAACUCUACAAUAUUAAUUCACGAAGCCACAAUGGAAGAUGAACUUUUACAAGAAGCUAAAAUAAAAAUGCACUGCACCGUCAGUCAAGCGUUAAAUGUAGCACAAAAAAUGAACGCUAAACACACAAUUUUGACACAUUUUAGUCAGAGAUAUGCCAAAUUGCCAAGAAUACCUGAGGGACUUUUAAGUAAUGUGGCUAUUGCUUUUGAUUUUAUGCAGGUGUCAGUGGAUGAUUUGAAAAACUUUUCAUCGAUGUAUCCAGUUAUGAAAUUGAUGUUUUCUGAGCAUUAUGAAGAAAUGGAGCGGAAAACUCAAAUGAGAUUAAUAAAAUCCGAACGAAAACGCAAAUCAAACACGUGAUGUUGAUUUUUUUAUAUUAUUUAUUAUACACUCGUUAACAUCUGAAUUGUACUGUAAUAUUAUAAGCUUAAGUGUUAAAUAAAUAUGUGUAUGUACCUGGU